UCUUCGACUUACUUUCCAGCUUCUGCAUCUCCGGUCACCAUUCCUCCUCUCCUCCAAAUUUCUCAUACAAUUGUUUAAUCAACCAUUCAGUUUCAAAAUCCCACUGUGAACGAGGGAGAGAAGAAUCAUGAGCACAACGCAGGGGACGCACUCGCUAGCCUUCCGUGUUAUGAGGCUAUGCAAGCCUUCAUUUCACGUUGACGCUCCACUCCGUGUGGACCCGGCCGAUCUCAUUGUCGGCGAGGAUAUCUUCGACGAUCCCAUUGCAGCCUCACGGCUUCCUCCUCUUAUUGACGGCCAGGUUUCCAACCUCACCGACACAUCCGAUCUCACCUAUCGCACCAGAUUCCUCCUCCAACACCCUUCCGAUUCAUUUGGUCUCACUGGUCUCCUCGUUCUCCCUCAAGCCUUUGGGGCUAUAUAUUUGGGGGAGACAUUUUGCAGCUAUAUUAGCAUCAAUAAUAGUUCUAAUUUUGAAGUUAGGGAUGUUAUAAUCAAGGCAGAAAUCCAAACAGAGAGGCAGAGGAUCCUGCUACUAGAUACUUCAAAAACGCCUGUAGAGACAAUACGUGCUGGAGGACGUUACGAUUUCAUUGUGGAACACGAUGUGAAGGAACUUGGAGCUCAUACGUUGGUCUGCACUGCUCUUUACAAUGAUGGUGAUGGUGAGAGGAAAUAUCUUCCGCAGUUUUUCAAGUUUAUUGUCGCUAAUCCACUUUCAGUUAGAACAAAGGUCCGUGUUGUCAAGGAAACUACAUAUUUAGAGGCAUGUAUUGAAAAUCAUACAAAAACAAGCCUUUAUAUGGACCAAGUUGAGUUUGAGCCAGCUCAGUAUUGGAAUGCACAAAUACUGAAAGCUGAUGACAACCAAUCUGAGAAAGAUUCUCAUACCAGGGAGACAUUCAAGACUCCUAUCCUCAUUAGAUCUGGUGGAGGGAUCCGCAACUAUCUUUAUCAAUUAAGAUUUUCAUCAAAUGGUUCUGCUCAGAGUAAUGUUCUUGGCAAGCUUCAAAUAACAUGGCGUACAAAUUUAGGUGAACCUGGUCGACUGCAGACACAACAAAUUCUUGGCAAUCCCAUAACACAGAAAGAGGUCGAGUUGAGUGUUGUGGAGGUUCCAUCUGUCAUCAACUUGGAUAAACCCUUUUCGGUGCACUUGAAACUCAAAAACCAUACAGAGAGAGAAUUGGGCCCCUUCGAGGUUUGGUUAUCACAAAAUGAUUCACUAGAUGAGAAGGCUGUUAUGAUCAAUGGCCUUCAGUCUUUGGAGUUACAAGAAUUGGGGGCAUUGGGAACCACUGAUUUCCACCUGAACCUGAUUGCUAUUAAACUUGGAGUCCAGAAAAUAACAGGCAUUACAGUGUUCGACAAAAAAGAGAAGAAAACUUAUGACCCGUUGCCUGAUUUAGAGAUUUUUGUGGACGUAGAUUGAUCUAUUUGUUGCCUCUGAACUGGUUUCAUCCAUGGAGCCAAAGGUGUUGAUAAAUCGAAGUGCAUACUUGGAUAUUGGAAUAUGCUUUUUUUUUUUUUUGCUGAAGUUGGGAAAAGUACUGAACUAGCUUGUUUAAAUGGUCUCUCUUAAAUU